AUGUUACCCAAUUGUUAUAGAUAUAGGUUACAAAAUGUUAAAACUACAUCUCUUAUUAGAUAUGCGUCCACAGUUACAACUCCAAAAUCUAAUCUAGGUUCUUUAUCCUCUUCCUCAUCGUCCACCUCCUCCCUUUCUUCCUCUUCUUCUGUAUCCAUGUCCACCACAGAAAUCGAAGAAAGGGUCACUCCUGUAGAUAAAAAAGGUGCGGGCCCAUCCUCUUUUCAAACUUUGAAAGUCGUCGAUGACCAAAAUGGCAAGAAGCCAAAUAUUGUCAUCUUAGGUUCCGGUUGGGGUGGUAUUAGUUUUCUAAAGACAAUUGACACCAAAAAAUAUAAUGUCUCCAUCAUCUCGCCAAGAGACUACUUCCUUUUCACCCCACUUUUGCCCUCUACACCAGUGGACAGAGUCUCUUCCAUGAUUAAACCAAACUUGAAACACUCUGGCCCACAGGAAAAUGUAGGAAUCAAGAAAAAUGAUCCUGUAGAGAUUAAAUAUGAUUAUUUGAUCUGUGCAGUAGGUGCAGAACCAAACACAUUCGGCAUCCCAGGUGUUAAGGAAUAUGGUCACUUUCUAAAAGAACUACCUCAUUCUUUCGAAAUUAGAAACACUAUAGCAUCUAAUUUGCAAAAAGCUAAUUUCUUGCCAGAGGGCGAUCCAGAGAGAAAGAGAUUACUGACUAUUGUUGUUGUUGGUGGUGGUCCAACUGGUGUGGAAACUGCUGGUGAAUUACAAGACUAUGUAACUCAAGAAUUAAAAAAAUAUCUACCAUCUUUGGCUCGUGAAGUGAAGAUCCAUCUUGUGGAAGCGAUGCCAAUCGUUUUAAGUAUGUUUGAGAAGAAGUUAUCAUCAUAUGCUCAAAGUGUUCUCGAAGACACUUCAAUCCAAUUACAUUUGAAUACUGCUGUCGGUAAAGUGGAAGCUGACCAUUUGAUCGCAAGGACAAAGAAUCCAGAUGGGUCGGUCACUGAAACUAGUAUACCUUAUGGUACUUUGAUUUGGGCUACAGGUAAUAAGAUCAGACCAAUCAUCCAGAAUUUAGCUAAAAAGAUCCCUGAGCAAGCUAAUUCUACUAGGGCUAUUACUGUUAAUCCAUUCUUAACAGUUAAAGGUACUUCUAACAUCUUUGCUAUUGGCGACAACGCAUUCAUCGGAUUGCCUCCAACAGCUCAAGUAGCACAUCAACAAGCAGAAUAUUUAUCUAAAUUAUUUGAUAAGAUGUCAUAUGUCCCAGGAUUCCACGAAACUUUAAGUAAGAAAAAGGAGAAAGUGGAUUUGUUAUUUGAAGAAAAUAACUUCAAACCAUUCAAAUAUAGACAUUUAGGUGCUCUUGCAUACUUGGGUCAUGAAAGAGCCAUCGCCAAUAUCACUUAUGGCAAGACUUCUCUGUAUACCGGUGGUGGUAUUUUCACAUUCUAUAUCUGGAGAUUGGUUUACUUAUCUAUGUUAUUAUCUGCCAGAACAAGAUUUAAAGUUAUUAUGGAUUGGUUGAAACUAUCCCUUUUCAAGAGAGAUUUCUUUAAGGGAUUGUAA